CUGCCAAGGGCCGGCGGUGCGGGCGCGCUCCCUGGGCAGGCCGGGGCCGUGCCCUGCGCACACCCUCACCGGCAGCUGCGUGUGCUCAGAGGCCGCUCCGAGCCCCGGCCCCGCUCUGCGCCCGGGAACGGGCUCAGGGGCAGACCUGGCGGGCGGGUUCCCCCUGGCCGGGUGCCGCAAGCCCAGCAAAGGGCGCUGCAGCGGGGAGCUCGCUCCCGGCAAGGGGCACGGUCUGUGCGACACCCUGACGGAGAGCGAGCCCCGAGGGCUUCUCACGCGGCCGGCGAGGAGCGAACAGCGGAGCCGCCAUUUGCCGGGAGCCGCCGACCGCGGAGUGCAGAGGAACCGCGCGCGGUCAUUGCUCGGCAGGGGCGGGCUGUGAGCGGCACACGGCAGGGCCGGGAGCGGAAGGGAAGGCAGGGCACGGGGCAGGGCAGGGCAGGGCACCGGGCCGGGCAGGUCGCGCCCCGCGGGGCUCCCUCGGGCUCCUCGCGCCGCCAUCGCGGGGCCGGCGGAGGGAGGGGGCGUGAGGCGGCACGAGCGCCACGUGACGCCGGCAGCGCCCCCGGUCACGUGCUCCGGUUUGUUGUUGCCCGGUCACGUGCCGCGGUCACGUGCGGCGGCGCUGCCCGCGGCGGGCNCCGGGCGGAGCCGCCUCCGCGGCGGGACCAGGGGGAGGGCGCGGAGGCGGCGCCCGGCGAAGACGCGGCGGAGGCGGCCCCGGGCUGCGGGCGGGCGCAGUGUUCGAACGGGGCGGCCGCGGUGCCGGCCCCGCAUCCCGAUAACUUCCUCCUCAGCGAUGAAAUCAUAGCCAAUGGCUUUCACUCCUGUGACAGUGAUGAAGAAGACAGAGCCUCACAUGCAAGUUCCAGCGACUGGACCCCAAGACCACGUAUAGGUCCCUACACUUUUGUUCAGCAGCAUCUCAUGUUGGGUACAGACCCACGGACGAUUCUGAAGGACCUGCUGCCAGAAACUAUCCCCCCUCCUGAACUGGAUGACAUGACUCUGUGGCAAAUCGUGAUCAACAUCCUUUCAGAGCCACCAAAAAGGAAGAAGAGGAAAGAUAUUAACAGCAUUGAUGAUGCUGUGAAACUUUUGCAAGAGUGCAAGAAGAUCAUGGUCUUGACUGGAGCCGGGGUGUCAGUGUCUUGUGGAAUACCUGACUUUAGAUCCAGAGAUGGCAUCUAUGCACGCCUGGCUGUAGACUUCCCAGACCUUCCAGAUCCUCAAGCAAUGUUUGAUAUAGAAUACUUCAGAAAGGAUCCCAGGCCGUUUUUUAAGUUUGCAAAGGUGGUGCCCCGCUGUCCCCGCUGCCCCCCCGAGGAGCCGCUGGCCAUCAUGAAGCCGGACAUUGUGUUCUUUGGGGAGAACCUGCCUGAGCAGUUCCACCGUGCCAUGAAGUAUGACAAAAAUGAAGUGGAUCUUCUCAUUGUCAUUGGGUCUUCACUCAAAGUAAGACCAGUAGCAUUGAUCCCAAGUUCCAUCCCCCAUGAAGUGCCUCAGAUCUUAAUUAAUAGGGAACCUUUGCCUCAUCUACACUUCGACGUGGAGCUUCUUGGAGACUGUGAUGUUAUUAUUAAUGAAUUGUGUCAGAGGUUGGGUAGUGAAUACACAAAACUUUGCUACAACUCGGUAAAACUUUCAGAGAUCACAGAAAAGCCUCCACGGCCGCACAAGGAGCUCGAAGCGCUCUCGGCUGAGCUCCCACCAACCCCUCUGAAUAUUUCAGAAGGCUCCAGCUCACCAGAAAGGAUAAGCCCACCCCACACUGCAGUGGUGUCAGAACACCCACCUGAAUGUAAGGUAGAAAACUGUGAGCCUGCCUCUGAAACUAAAGGGACCUGCUCAGAGGAGACGCUUCAGGACACACAGGUGUCAUCAGAAAAUCCUGAAAAUCCUGCUAGUGAGCUAAUGAACUCUGAAACAAUGAAGGAAAAUGGAUCUAACGAUGGAGAAAAUAAAGAAAAGAGUGAAAUAUUGAAGAAGUGUUGGGUAAACAGAUCUGCAAAAGAACAGAUUAGCAAAAGGCUGGAUGGUACUCAGUAUCUGUUUUUGCCACCCAAUCGCUAUAUCUUCCACGGUGCUGAGGUUUACUCGGAUUCUGAAGACGAUAUCAUAUCUUCCAGCUCUUGUGGCAGCAGCAGUGAGAGCGGCUCGUGCCGCAGCCAGAGCUUAGAUGUGGAGGAUGAGAGUGAGAUGGAGGAGUUUUACAAUGGCAUAGAGGAUGAGGAUGCUCCCGAGCGGGAAGAGGAGCCUGGAUUCGGGGAGGAUGGAGCCGAGCAGGAGGAAUUGGCAGCUGAGGAAUCAGCUGAGACAAACGAAGCUGCAGGGACGGAACAUGCGAGCAACGCGCUGUGAAAUGAUCGCUGACUGGUUACAGGAACUUCCCACCAGCAUUAGGAGCUUUGGCAUGUCAGAAUGAAUGUUUACGUCUGAAUUUAGAGCAACAAAACCAUAAGGAUGUAGUGUUUAUAAAUAACUAAAACAGAUUUUCAUGCUUAGUUUUUUACCUUUUUCAAUAAAAAUCUAUUACUGCGCACUCAACACUAAUCUUUUUUUUAAGGUACUAGGAUUAUCUAAACAACUGUCACUCUGUUCACUUUUAAGUUCAUCUGUCUGAUCAGGCAUCCAUGUAUAUAAUGCAUAUUUUUGCUUAAUAAAUUUCAGCUUAUAUUAUUUUUAAACAGUUUUGAAAAAGCCAUUGGAAUGUUAAACUAAUAUAAAGGGAACAGCUAAUUUAGACCAAAGAAUGGUAUUUUCACACCUCUUGCUUUGUAACACUUUGGUUUAUUUAAAAUCUUCUUACGCUUCUGCUAAACCUUUCAUUCACGCCUAGUCUGUCAUUAAACACUGGCAUUUUCUAAGACCUACUGUGGCAGCUAAUUUUUUUUGCUUUACCAGUUCCUUUGUAUGUUUGAGACAUACUUAAUUGCAAGCAGAUAGCGAGAUGGAAACAAGACAGCAGCACUUGAGGAAUCCAAUGGUUUUUAGCUUGAUCAAGAAGUGCUGUGAAAAUGCUUAGGUUGCUGAGUGUAUGACUUCCUGUGGACACGAAGUGUGGUUGACAUUGGCUCCUUAGCAGUUAGAAUCCUGCAAUUUAAACAGAAAGGAUCCCCCAGUCAGUCAGAGUCUGUCACGCUGUAUCCAGAGGGCACGUCCAGAGCAGCUGCUUUCUAAACAGCAUUUGAGGAAUUGCCAAGGCUCCAGUGUGGAAGCAGAGUUGAGAAGUGUUCCUCCCAGCUGUGAGAAGGCACAGAAAUGAAGCUCUUCCUCUGUGCUCACUGAUGCACCAGGCCCAGGAGAGACUGACUCCAGUGGUGGGAGCCUCCGUUUGCGCUGCCAAGGGGCUCCGUGUGGAUUAAGGACUGCUGGCCUGAGGUCCUGACUGAGCUGGGAAACCUCCUCAGCUGCCAGCUCCACCCUGGACACGAAAGCAAAGCGGCUUCUCCCACUCUGCCGUCUCAAGUGCGAGGCUGCCUUAAAACUGGAUGUUGGAAAUGUUCAAGUGCAGAUUGUUUCCAAGCCUUUAGAACUAUUUUGUACAAUUGCACAGUGCAGUAGUCAGUGAAACAGCAUUUUUCUAUAAACCACUUUUUCAACAUCGGCCCAAAUGAACUCAACAAUGUAGAUUAUUCAUAUACUUUGCUUUAAUAUUUAUUAUAUUUUGGGAGAUGUAUAGUAGCUGUUCUUUGAACAUAAUACAAUAAUAAAUAUUUAAGAACAGCUUCCUGCAUUCAUCGGGAAAUGUUGGCAUGUUGUCUCAUUGUCCAAAUUUAACACAGCUCUUAUUUGGCUACAUUAAAGAAUGCAAUAUGUUUAGUUUUCACUUGCAUGUCACAAUGUAUUAGUUUGUGCUAUAGGAGAUAUUUUAAAUUGAAAUACUUUGUUUUAAAUUAUUUUUACAGUGAGGAUUGGUUUCUGCUCUUUUAUAUUGUAUAUAGUGUCUUUUAUGUAAUCUACUGGCAUAUGUUUUGUAGAAGACUGUUUAAAAUGACUGGCUAUCUUCCUGCAACUUUUGAAAUACAAAACCAGUGUUUUAUACUUGUACACUCUGUUCUAAAGUCUAUUAAAAUUGUCAUUUGA